AUGAAAGAAAAGAUUGCGAAUUCAGAUUCACAAGAAACUUUUUUUUUGAAUUUCAUUGAUGGAAAUUACGAAUAUGUUAACUCUGAUGAAGAUGAUGACUUAUUAGAUAAUGAUAGUACGAGUUUUUUUAGUGAAGGCCUGGCAUCUGAAAAUUUUGGAACAGAAAGCACCACAAAUGAUUGUGAAAUAGAAAUGUACACAAUGUCAUUCUGGGG